AUGGAAGGCUUGAGCAGGGGUUGCAUGACAAUGUCACUUUAUUUAUUUCUGGUAAGUUUGGUCUCCAAACGUUAACUGGUAGCCAAAAAAAGUCUUUAGUUUGAUGAACAUGGUCCUCUUUGUUACAAUCUUGAGAAAAGAGUCAUUGGCAUUUUUGUUGACUUUUUGACCUGCUGCUCUUUCAUUAAGCUUCAGUACCUUACGAAAAUGUAAAAUAAAAAUUAUUUUUUAUUAAAAAAAUCUGUUUAUUUAUCUUGACUUUUUUUAGAUUUUUCUUUGUUUCAACAAAUUCACAACAGCAUACAGGACAAUCAACAGAAGACCAUUUGACCCAGAUCUAUUAUUUCUACAACGACCAAAGUAUGUUGACUACCUAUUACUUUGUUCUCUCUGUCUUCUUUUUUUAUAAAUUUAAAAAUGAAAGUUAUAAAAUAAUUAUAUAUAAAAAGAUAUUUUUUAUUCCCUACCAGCAUUAUAGAUGCUAAUUACUGUAGAAGCUAGUACUAAAGAGUAUAGCAAAACAACCGUAUUUACAGCAAAAUUCAUUGUAGAUUCGCCCGAGUACGUCGACUAGAUUCAGACUGUUCCAACAAAGCCAAACUGAGUCCAGAACUUCACGAAGCCAUUUCGAAAAUGAUCACAGGCAACGAAGCCAACAGUUAUUUGAUGAAAACUCCUCAUAUCAGUAUCAUGCGAACAGAGAACAACAACAUCGAAGAUAUGUGUAAGGAAGAAAAGGCAGAGGAUAUCAGUCCAGACAUGCCUAUCAGAGACCGUGCAGUUUGUGGCUUUCAGUACGUGGAAAACUUUGACAACAAGGUGGGGUAUUAAUUAGUUUGUCUUACCUAAAACACUAUUUAUAAGUUUUUCUUAUCUAAAGAAUGUUUUUGUCUUAAAUUACUUACGUUACAACAACAACUUAGACAAUAACCUUUCCAAAGUACUUCCUUAUUCUUGUUUUCAAAAAUACUUUUUGUUUAUGAUGCAAUUAGAAUAAUUAGUUAAAACAUUAUAGAUUCGCUUUAUGCGUAGUUUCAAAAGAAAACGAUAUAUUGGCUACGUGCAAUUACCCAUCUUACGUAUAAUAUUAUACCACACAAAUAACUUGCAGAUUUUUUUUUGUUUUAUGAGCAAAAUCAGAGAUUACAGGCCAGAAGAUUUGUAGAAGAAGAUGAAUUUUAUCCUACUCUUAACCUUCGUCUUUAGUCUUCGUUUAAGCCCUAGUUUUAGCCUUAACCGCGCUCUAUGCCUACAAUAAUAGUAGCCUAGCCUUAUUACUCUUACUCUUCUCUUACUCUUGCCUUCUUUCAAUCUACUCGUAAGCUAAAGUUGCCUUAUCAGGUCUCAACGUUAGCCUACUUUAACACAAAGUUUUUUGGCACUAAAAAAUUUUUUUAAGUUGUAGUAGUUUAAUAAAUUUUUAUCUUUAGCGUCUACCCCAAACAAUCCCAGAAGUGCAAUGUGUUUGUCAACGCCCAACAAAGAUGAUGAUUCUAAAUCGCUACCCCGAAGUUAUAUGUGAACCCAUGUUGUAUGAUUUGCCUGUGUUACGGUUCGAUGACAAUUGUGAAACGUUCACUCAAACAACACAGCGAAUAUCAUUGGCUUGUGUACCUGUUUUUGGAGUAGGCUAUUCUUUAUAAAAAAGAAUUUUUUAACUUUUAAAGAUUUUAGAAAUUUUGUCUAUUGUCAAAAUAGAAAACAAAAAAUUUAAUUUUUUUUAAAACCAGUUCAACCCAAAAGCCCAGUUACCCACAAUCUAAAUUCAAUUCCCAUUCUUAUAUACUAAUUUUGUCAUUUUAGGGCCAUGCAAGCGCAAGUGUCAAGAUAACCACGUCAGACGGAAAAUCCCCGCCGGAGGUUUGA